ACUCUUAAUACAUUGCCAUGCUCCACAACUUUUUUGUUUCAGGAAAAAAUCGAAUUUAGGACUUCGUUUUUCUCACGACCAUGGCUUUCAGACAAGGCUAUGGAGUGUCUUCGUACCCUCACUAUCCACAACAACAACAGCAAAUUGUUUUCGGACAGAUGAGAAUGCCGGGCCAGCACACGCCCGCGCAGCAAUCAAGCCAACAAAAACCAGAUUCGUCGCCAGUUUUUGUUGGAAACAUAUCCGAUAAAUGCAGCGAUGAGUUCAUCCGGAAAAUAUUAAACGAAUGCGGUAAUGUUGCGAGUUGGAAACGCAUUAAAGGAAGUAACGGCAAAUUGCAAGGUUUCGGAUUCUGCCAUUUCACAGAUCUCGAAGGAACUCUACGAGCGCUGCGCAUUCUUCACGAAUUUCAUUUGGGGGACAAAAAACUAACUGUAAAGCCUGACGAAAAAGUGCGUGAUGAUCUACGCAAAAAUGCUAUUGAAAAUAGGAAGAGACAAGGCAAAAAAGAACUGAAGUUAAAGCAUGACGAGCUACCUGCAGACGAAGAUGAUUUGAAAAAAGACGAAGAAAUUCGAUUGAAAAUACUUCAUUGGAUGGAAACUGAUCACAAGGAACUAUUUUCAAUCACUGAAGAUGGAGAACUCUCUGACGAGACCAAGAAAGUCAAGGGACAUGAUAGUAAAAUCGAAAAGCAAACCGUGCCAAGUUCGUCUUCAAAUCCAAAAAAGGAUGAACACAAACGAAAUCGCAAUCGACGCAGCCGCAGUCGCACAAGGAGCCGAGAAAGAACUUCACGACGAUCGAGAAGCAAAGAAUCGCCCAGAAGCAAGCGAUCACGUCGAAGCCGCUCCAGCUCAAAUUCAUCCUCAGAAUCGGACUCAUCUUCAUCUCGUAGUUCAUCAUAUUCUUCUCGAUCCAGGUCACGCACUCCUCAACGUAGCAGAACAUCUAAACGACGCCGAAGUAAUAGUCAUGCUUCAGAAGACAGCGAUGAUGCAAGGGAGAAACGUGCUUUCAAACAAAUGAUGCUUGAUAAGAAGCAAGCAUAUCUGGCUCGUCUGAAACGAUGGGAAUCAAGAGAACGACAAAUGUCGAAAAGGUAUGAACGAGAGGAACGGAAAGAGAAGGAUCGCAAAAAGACACUACAAAAGGAAGGCAAACGAUUAAAACUAUUCCUCGAGGACUAUGAUGAUGAGAAAGAUGAUCCAAAAUACUACACUUCUUCUCAAUUCUUCCAAAGAAAAAGAGACUAUGAACGUGAAAGGGAAGCUGAUCAAAAAGAUCGAAUGCAAGAACAGCAAGAGAUUGAAGAACUCAAAAGACAAAUUAUGGAAGAAGCUGCAAAUGAUGAGAGUAUUAACAUUGAAGAGGAGGCAAGGAAACGACACAAACUAAAGUUUCAGGAAGAAGAAGCAAUGCGAAAAAUGCGAGCUGAUAGUGGAAGUCCAAAUCCUCAUCAACCACUUGGUCAAUCGGCAAACGGAGAAAAGUCUUCGAGUGAAGAAGAGAGUGAUAGCGAAAAGACCGAUGUCAAAAAGGAAAUUAAGGAUGAAAUUAAAGAAGAACCAAUUGAUGUAGAUAUUUCCGAGCAUGUAGAUCCUAACACUGGUUCGUCUGGUACAAAUGGAAAUUUCGGAUGGAAAGCGAUUGGAGAUGACUCUUCUCUCAAUACAAAAAUAAACCGCCCUAUAGCUAACGGAAAUCAAAAUCAGCCGCAAAUUAAAAAAGAAGCAUCUCCUAUUCCAAUUGCUCAACGCCUCAGUGGUGUGUUUGGAAAUGAUGACGAUGAAGACGAUGUGCAUAGCAAAAAGAAGUUGAAACCAUUCGAGAUCACUAGAGAAGAGCGUAUGCAAGUCAUGUCAGCUGAAGAAAAAAGAGAGCUGACGAAGCAGAUAAUCAAAACUAUUCCUGCUACAAAAGAUGAACUUUUUGUUCAUAGAAUCGAAUGGGAUCAGCUAGAUGGGAAAUGGAUGAAUGAUCGAAUUCGUCCGUGGGUGGCUAAAAAAGUCACUCAAUUCCUUGGCGAAGAAGACAAAUCGUUCUGUGAUUUCAUCUGUGAUCAAAUUGAGAAACAAGCGACACCCCAAGAAAUACUCAAAGACGUCGCCGUCAUCAUUGACGAGGAUGCUGAGCAAUUUGUGAUCAAAAUGUGGCGACUUUUAAUUUAUGAGGGACAAGCCCGUCGUCUCGGAAUUACAUAACUACUUUCAAUAUUGGAAAUACAUUAUGCAAUCUUUUUACCACUCAUCCCCGCCUCUGUAUUGAGUUGUUCUUUACUUCAAAGACUCGUUUUACUGUCUAUUUCUCUCUCCCUCUCUGGAAUUCAUUCCAGUGAGCAGCUGACUUAAUAAUCGCUAUUAUAAUAUUAAAUUAAAUAUAGUUUUCUGUGC